AUGUAAGCAUGACUCAAUAGCUAUCGUCAGUUUUUUGGAUUAACAGUAAGUAUUGCACCGAAUGUUCACUUGGAAAUAUGCCUGACAUCCGGAUAGCCUGGGUCAUAAAAACAGGUGGUGUUUGCGGAUGUUUAGACCAGCUAACACCCACACAUCAAGACCGGACAGGUGCUUGUGCAGCAGGAAGUAACCGGGGAACGCGAUCGUAACUGUUAGGUUAUAAAGUCUAGCCAGCUAGCAUAACGAGUUCGGAUUUCGUCUUAAAAUUUUGCUCUUCGUAUAAAAUUUUAAUUCACUGCCGAGCGCGGCGUUAACGUGUCGUAGCUUGUUGGCUAACGCUAGAUGGCUGCGGACACGGAGAGGAGCAUGUAAUCAUCCUCGACGGUAAACCCCUGUGUAGAAGUGACAUUAAGUCAUUUAUGUUUUAGGCUUCAUCUUAAUGUUAUAUAACGGAUACAUUCGGGCAUGAAAUGCAACGAACCUGUCCAAAGUAUACAACCGCGACUUGACUUGGCUAGCGAAGUGCUAGGCUGGCUAAGCUAGCACGGUUAGCUUGGGUUUGUUGCCAGCCAGGCCAGUUCGCCUUUGCAAAUUUAUAAUCAGAUUUCCAGAGCUGACAACUAAGACAGCUGAAGAAGUUUCUCAGUACGCCCGUCAUAUGUGUCAUUUUGAGAGAGCCGGCUGUUGCUGAAGUACCUUCUCGGUACGACCCUUAUUUAACUAAACAGUAAAGGAGAAAUAUGCUGUCCCAGACUGCGGCCUGAACGGUGCUCUCUCUGUGCGGUUCGGCCGAGCGAAGGAUUUGUGGCACGCCAUGCAACUCACUUCUCUGCCAUAACUGAUGAUGUGAAUCUGAAUGCCAGCAUGCAGAUAGUUGUGGCCAAAAUUCUGUGCUUAGUAGGGGUGUUUGCCCUUAUGCUGGGCGGCAUCCUUAUUCCUGUGCGUGUGAUCCAGUCGGACUUCGACAAAGCCGCCAAGUACAGGAAGGCGCUUUCACUCAGUAAUUCUUUUGGAGGUGGUGUUUUCCUGGCUACCUGUUUCAAUGCUCUUCUGCCAGCUGUUAGGGAAAAGGUGGAGAAAGUCCUUGAAAUGCUAAAUAAGACUACAGACUAUCCACUGGCAGAGACCAUGAUGAUGCUUGGCUUUUUCCUCACAGUGUUUAUUGAGCAGGCUGUGCUGACCUUCAGGAAAGAGAAGCCUUCCUUCAUUGAUCUGGAGACCUUUAAUGCUGGAGGCUCGGAGGCUGGAAGUGACUCUGAAUACGACACUCCAUUCAUUGCUCCUCCUCGGAGCUCAGCCGGCCACCAGCACCACUUACAUCACCAUGGACACUUUAACCCUGCAGAACUGACACGUGCAGGGCCCCUGAGGCUAGCCAGUUUGGUUCUGGCUCUCUCAGCUCAUUCAAUUUUUGAAGGUCUUGCACUAGGGCUUCAGGAAGAUGGGGCAAAGCUGGGAAGCCUUUUCACUGGAGUGGCAAUCCAUGAGACCCUGGCUGCUGUGGCUUUAGGGGUUAGUAUUGCUAAAGCAGGACUGCUACUGCAAGAUGCCAGCAAGUUGGGCAUCACAGUCAGCCUUAUGAUACCAAUUGGCAUUGGCCUUGGAAUGGGUAUUGAGAGGGCCCAGCACCUGGCAGGAAGUAUAGUUUCUGUGGUGCUCCAAGGCCUUGCUGCAGGUACAUUUCUUUUUAUAACUUUCUUUGAAAUCCUCUCACGAGAGCUGGAGGAUAAGCACGAUAGGCUACUGAAGGUGCUCUUUCUUGUCUUGGGAUAUGGUGUCUUAGCAGGUCUUGUUUUUAUCAAGUGGUGAUGGAUUUUAGCAGUCUACAUGAAGAAUAAUCUCGAGGUGGCUUUGUGUUUAGAUUACGUACUUGUACUCACCAGCAUAACCAUGUCUGAAGUACUACACUAGAUAUCUAAGAACUUCAGAAUUUAAAAAAAAAAAAAAAAAAAAAGUUUUUAAAUGUAUUGAAACACAUUAUUUAUAAUUGUUGCUGGGGGAAGCUGCAGAUUUUAGAAUACAUGCUUAUUACUGAUUGUGAUAUUACUAAUGUGAAGUAUGUCUUUUCAUUUCAGUUUGUCAUACAUGAUCAGACUUUUAAAUGUGUAUUGCAGCUAAAUAUAGUUUGGUUGGCUGUUUAAACAAGAGUAAGCAAUUGUAGGCCAACAAGACUGCAUCCUUGUAGAUCAAAUAUAUACAAUUAUACACAAUUAUAGUAUUCUUUCCAGGUAUUUACUGAAGUUGUUACUAAAACCUGGAAAUUUUCUAAUUGGUAACAGUGUUGAACUCGUGCUAUGGAAAGGUAUCGUUUGUACAUUUUUGCAAUAUAGCUCAUUAUCAAAAUGAUUUUGGAACAUGACUGAAUCAGGGGAAAUUGCCAAAUGCUUUACUGGCUGUAACAAGUGUUGUAAAAAUGCAUUCCUGAAUUUACAUAAUUAGUCAAGGUAAAGAUAUACAUGUACAGUCAUGCAAUAACCUAUAUCCCAGUCAGUGGAAGAAUUAUAAAGUAGGACAGUAAUAUUGCAGUGGAAGUUUAAAAGAAAUACUGUGCUGCAGAGAAUAACUGGAUAUUGGAUCAGUUGAUCUUUUAAUAUCCAGUUUAUUUCUGUGGUUGCAUAUUUUUAUAUAUUCUUGCAUUUUUAGUUUUAUGUUUGUAAAUUAGUUAUUUCUGUGGCAGCUGGUGUAUUGUUUUUUUUUUUUGUUUUUUUUUUACAUUUAGCUGUGUGUGUGUGUGUAUACACACACACACACACACACACUGAUGUCAUUAUAAAACAAAUAAAUUAUCCAGUAAAGUAAUUUGUCAACUUUUUA